CACAGUGUUAAUUUCUUCCAUCAGUGACGGGCAGAAAUGGCGAAAGCGGGCCUGAUCCUUCUGGCCACCCUGGUGGCAGUGGCUUACGGACAGGUAGAAGAGGUAUUGAAGUGGCAGAAGGUCGAGUACGACGUACCGGCGGAAGUGUUACAGCGUCCAAAUGGUUACAUACCGAUUGGAAACAUCCCGAUGGGUGCUGUACAUCACAAGAAUCGAGUGUUUGUGGCCGUGGCCCGCCGUCGCUGGGGCAUCCCAUCCACACUGAAUGUGGUCGACAUUUCGCCGCCUUUCCCCAACACGAACGUUAUCCUGAAGCCGUAUCCCAACUUUGCGCUCAACGAGCUCCGGGCGGACUUACAACCGGACGCGAACCGUAUCGUAACGGUAUACCGUCCACGUGUCGAUCGCUGCGACCGGCUGUGGUUUGUCGACACGGGCAUGAUGGAAAUCCCCGGCAACUUCACCGUCGUACAAAGACCCUCGGUGUGGUCGAUCGAUCUUACCACCAACCAGCCAAUCCAUCGCUUCGAAAUUCCCAAGGAAGCGGUCGAAACUGGCUACGGAUUAACGUCGAUCACGCUCGACGUCGAUCCGACCGAUUGCGAGAAGGUGUUCGUGUACAUCUCCGAUCUGCAGACGUACCGCAUGGUGGUGUACGACUAUGCUAACAGACGUGCGUGGCGCUUCCUGCACAACUACUUCUUCCUUAACCCGCUCGAGGGUGACUACCUGAUCCAGGGUAUCAACUUUGCCUGGGACGAUGGUAUCUUCUCGAUCGCGCUCGGCAAUCCGAAUCCGGCCACCAAGUUCCGUACGGCGUACUUCCACGCCCUGUCCAGUAACUCCGAGUUUACCGUGUCGACGGAGGUCCUGCGUAACGAGACCGCAUCCCAGCGUUCCUGGCAUGGUACGGACUUCAAGCUGCUUGGCUACCGUGGCAGCAAGUCGCAGUCGAGCAUACACGCGUACGAUCCGGAAACGGAGGUGAUCUUCUUCGCACUGAUCCAGCAGAACGCGAUCCUCUGCUGGGAUACGAAGAAACCUUUCGCACCACAAAACAUGGCGAUCGUGUACAAAAACGAUCGUGAUAUUGUGUACCCGAAUGAUCUGUCGAUCGAUCAAAACGGCUACGUAUGGUUCAUGACGAACUCCAUCAUCAAGCUGCUGUACACUCAGCUCAGCUUGGAGGACUUCAAUUUCUUCGUGUGGCGUGCGAACAUCAAGCAGAUCAUCAAGGGUACCGUUUGCGAUCCAGCCUCCCAGCCGAACGUGCAUACCGGGCAACGGUUUGGAGAUGAGAACAAUAAUGAUCGUGUAACGUUCUUCGAGUACAAGGACAAGGACGGACCGGGCGGUGGUCCAUAUGGUGGCUGGGGGCACGGCCGCCCGGGAAACGGUCGACGACCGUAAUACGGGUAUCAAACGACCACUACCACUAGCCGGUCCCGGUGGGUCCGCGACGAAAAAGAGCAUCAAAUAAACCGCGUCAACUUUUCCGCA